GCGCACGCGCAGGGCUCGAGCUGGCGCGGCCGAGCGCGCGGCCGCGGGGCCCCUCCCCCAGCCCUCACCGCGCACGCUGGGAACCCGUCGCCGCGGCUGCUUCGGCCGCCGCGGUCGGUCGUCGUUAUGGAGUCUCCGUGGGAUGAGCUGGCUCUGGCCUUCUCCCGCACGUCCAUGUUCCCCUUUUUUGACAUCGCCCACUAUCUAGUGUCCGUGAUGGCUCUGAGGCAUAAGCCGGGAGCAGCGGCAAUGGCAUGGAAGAAUCCUCUUGCAAGCUGGUUUACUGCUAUGCUCCACUGCUUUGGUGGAGGAAUUUUAUCCUGUAUACUGCUUGCAGAGCCUCCAUUGAGGUUUCUUGCAAACCACACUAAUAUAUUAUUGGCAUCUUCAAUUUGGUAUAUUAUAUUUUUUUGCCCAUGCGACCUAGUUUCCCAGGGCUAUUCAUUUUUACCUGUUCAACUCCUGGCUGCAGGAAUGAAGGAAGUGACCAGAACUUGGAAAAUAGUAGGUGGAGUCACACAUGCUAAUAGCUAUUACAAAAAUGGCUGGCUAGUCAUGAUAGCUAUUGGAUGGGCCCGAGGUGCAGGUGGUACCGUUAUCACAAAUUUUGAGAGCUUGGCAAAAGGUGAUUGGAAACCAGAAGGUCAUGAAUGGCUGAAGAUGUCCUACCCUGCCAAGGUAACCCUGCUGGGGUCAGUUAUCUUCACAUUCCAGCACACCAAACAUUUGGCAAUAUCAAAGCAUAAUCUUAUGUUCCUUUAUACCAUCUUCAUUGUGGCCACAAAGGUAACCAUGAUGAUUACACAGACUUCUACUGUGAGUUUUGCUCCUUUUGAAGAUACAUUGAGUCGGAUGCUGUUUGGCUGGCAGCAGCAGUUUUCGUGUGAAAAGAAAAAUGAAGCAAAAUCAUCUUCCAAUGGCACUGGGUCAUUGGCCUCCAAACCUGCAGAUGAUAGUUCAGAUAAGGUUAAAAAGAAACAUGCUAAGAAGACUGAAUAAAUUUACUUAAUGAACUCUAGAAGGCAAAAUUUUUUUUUCUUAUCUACCUGUCAGUUUGUGAUAAUAUUUCUAUGUAAAUGAUGUGAAAUAAAGAUUAUACAUAAGGAAUGGAGGUGA